AUCCAGCAAGUGGAUGAAACGGGCAACGGAAAGCGCCGCCCAGGCUGAGUGCACGGCUGAUAGGAGGGGUCUGUGCACCUAACCACGCCCCCGCAAUAUGAUCGUUUCACUGUGAUUACUGUGUCUCCUAUAAGUGAAUGCAACCCUAAGCGAGGAUACAGAGACACAGCGGCUUUUACCCUAAUGUGCGCCAAAGAGAUGGAGAAUUCGAGGGAGGACGCCACUAGCAGUCUUCUGGAGUCGCCUCACGUAUUGCCUGAUGUUAGUGCCACAUCAGCUGCAGAUGCCCAGGAUGCUCAAAAAGUUGAAAAGCCUGUGAAUGCCCCCAGCCAACCAGUAAGUGAGGAACAGCAAGGACUUACUGCAGUGCAGAGCUACUGGUAUUACAGAAAAGCCUAUGAACAGCAAAACUACAUGAUGCACUUCCAUCUAUCCCAAACCCUGGAGAGAGGCUUUGCUGCAAUCACCUCUGAGAUGCAGAGGAUGAAUAGAACAGUGUCACAUGUAGCUGACAACAUAGAGGACUGUUCAUGCACCAUUAACUUCUUUGCAACAAAACAGCUGGCAAUGCAGGAAGCAAUGCUGUGCAAACUUAGUAAUACCAACACUUUACUGAAAACUGCAGCUCACCACCUAGCGCAGAUCUCAGUAAAACAAAAGCAUUGUCAUCUAGACCCCUGUAAUGCCACCCAGGACCACGACAAGUCAUGUGAGGCAUGUAAUAAGUACCAGGGCCUGGAACUGCAUAGAAAGCAUAACAAUACGCCCCAAGAUGACAAAGCCAUGCCCACCCAACAAGAGAGCACCAGCGCAGCACACGCUUCCAUCCAACAGCACCUGAGGGGGCAUGACCACACCCCCAAUGGGUCACACCCACCAACAACUGGGCUGGCUGGAUCUCUCAGCUGCCCUGAUGCCAGCAAGGAUUUUGAUGUGGUAAUCAAAUCAGACCAUCCUGAUACAGAGAGCAGAAAGAGGCAUCAUAGUGACAUCCUGCACAAUCCUGAUGAUUAUAGCUCAAAUCAAUGUAAAAAACAGAAAAGCUAAAUAAACCAUGGGUUUAUGUGUUUUAUAA